UGGUGGGACAGAGGUGGUGACGUCACCGGCGGGUGUGACAGCACGGUUGGCGUCACUGACCAGGUGUGACAUCGCCGCAGUGACGUCAGCAGCGACCUUGCCAGCCAGGUGUGACAUCACCAAUGUCACCAGGGACCAGGUGUGACAUCACGGACUGUAAGUGACAUCACAGACCGCGUGUGACAUCACCAGUGACAUCACCCACCAGGUGACCGUGGUGACAUCGCGGUGACACCGGUGACACCGUGGUGACAUCGUGGUGACAUCGCGGUGACAUCACAGUGACGUCGCGGUGCCACCCCGGCCAUGCUGCGCGGUGCCCGGGCGGUGGCUCGGGCCCUGUCCCCUGUCCCCUGCCCGCGGCGCCGCUGCCACCGGCCGUGUCCCCCGCGGGACCUGGCUGUCCCCAACGCCGGCUGGAGCGAGCGCAUGCGGCGCCACUACGGAGAGGAGCUGCGGAGAGCCCGGGAGGGGGGCUGGGCACGGGUACCGAGCUUCCGCCGGUACCGCCCCCAGGCGCUGGGGCUGGCCGGUGACAGUGACGGUGACAGUGACGGUGACAGGGACACGCGGCUGUUCCCGAGGGCCAUCGAGGGGGACGGGGACGGCUUCGAGUUCGCCAUGUUCCUGAGUGUCCCCAAGGGCCGCCUGCGCUGCCUGUGCCAGCCCGGGCCCUUCCUGGAGGGACACCCGGGGCUGGCCCACGGCGGUGCCAUCGCCACCCUCAUUGACACCUCCCUGGGGACGCUGGCGCUGGCGGUGGCCGGGCGGGUGGUGACAGCCAACCUCAGCAUCGACUACGUGGCGCCUGUCCCCCUGCUCUCGGUGCUCCUGCUCGAGGCGUUCCUGCAGCGCCGCCAGGGCCGGAAGCUCUUCCUGGGCUGUGACCUGUGGGACGCUGAGGGGACAACGCUGCACGCCAAGGCCACCGGGCUCUUCAUCCAGCAGGACCCCCCCAAGGAGCCAGCACGGGGAGGGGACAGCGCCCGGUGACUGCCACCUGUGCCACCUCCUGUGCCACCUGUGUGACCCUCGGUGCCCUCCCUGUCCCCCAGUGCCACCCUGGCUCUCCUUCAGCCAUCCCUGGCUGUCCCCAAAUGUCCCCAAGUGUCCCCAGCGCUGUCCCCGUGCCCAUCACAGCCGCUGCCACCA